AUGUUUAAUAGAUAUGCUGCUACUUCAGGACAAGUGGUAAAUCCCUCAAAAUCUACAAUAUAUGCUGGUGCUUUAUCUACACAAAGGAUAGCUUCAAUAGCUUCAUUGCUUGGAUUCUCAAUUGGAACACUUCCUUUCUUAUACCUAGGAAUCUCGAUUUUUAAAGGAAAACCUAAAGAUUCCUUUCUUCAGCCUAUUGCUGAUAGAAUCAAGACUAAACUCUCAGCUUGGAAAGCUUCUCUCAUGUCCAUAGCUGGCAAAGUACAGCUGGUGAGAAGUGUUAUUCAAAAACCUCAAGGAAAACAAUGGAUUCAAAAUCCACCUGCUGAGAUAGAGAAGAAGGAGCCACAAGUUGUAAAGUCAACAUAUGUCCCUCCUGAAGAUAUGUUGCAGAAGAGUCCUAAAAAAGGUAAUGAUAAGAUGAUUAAAGAAAGAACUCAUAAACUUAUGUCACUAGUAGAUGAUGAGGUCCAAUGGACAAAGGUGCUUUCUGUUGGCAAAGAGCGGGGAAAAGGAGUUCAAAUUGCUUCCAACUCAGGUUAUGAAUAG